ACUUGGAGCCAGGAGGAGGGAAGCUCUGUGUAGGGCUUGCUCGAAAUGCUCCUAGAGUUAAUUCUCUUUUCGUGAUUCAUUUUGAAACAACGGUCAGCCAAUGUCUCCAAUUUUGUUUGUUUCUACUGUUAGGAUUUCUUCGCAUUUGAAUCUUCUUGUGCCACCAUUUUCGAUUCCCUGCUGUGCUUCGCUUAGAUUCAUAAGGUCACUUGCAGCACCAUAUCGAAUUACUCAAGUUCCAAUAAUUUCAGUUCUUCCUUGUUCAUCUUCUCGUCUGCUAUCUUGUUCAGUUAGAGAUCUUUUCUGGCGUUUAUGUCCACCCACAUUAAUAUACUAUCGUCCCUCUUCCGUUUCUUUGAUCAGGGCUUACUCAAAUUUGACCCCAAUUCCUGCUUGUAGAAGUAUAGCUUUGCCAAUGUCGCCAUGUUUCCUAAAUUCACCCUCUGUGAUCAAGGUUGGUUUAUGCUUUUUCUCUUCGGAGACUCUCUCUCCAUGUCAAAACGGUGAUUCUAGUAUAGCUGAUGUUCAGGAGGAAUGUCUGGGUGGUGAUUCUGAAAUGCUAUACAAAAUUAUUGUGGAGAAUUCUAGUGCAGGCCGGAGUAUGGGAAAGGCUCUUGAUCAGGCCGGCGUAAAAUUGACGACCCAGUUGGUCGGUGAAGUCCUGCGAAGGCUUCGUUUUGAAGAGAAAAUUGCUUUCAGAUUCUUUACAUGGGCUGGUCACCAAGAAGGUUAUGCCCAUGAAGCUCAGACUUAUAAUGACAUGAUUGAUAUAUUAUCCAGUACGAAAUACAAGGUAAAGCAGUUUCGUAUCGUAUGUGAUCUAUUGGAUUACAUGAAGAGAAAGGAAAAGAACUCUGUGCCAGUCGAGGUUCUUCUCACAGUCUUAAGACAAUAUACAGAAAAGCAUCUCACCCAUCUUCAGAAGUUCACAAAGAAGAAGAGGAUAAGGGUGAAAACUCAGCCAGAGAUCAAUGCAUUUAACUUACUUUUGGAUGCUUUAUGCAAGUGCAGUCUGGUUGAGGAAGCCGAAGCUAUGUUUAUGAAGGUCAAGAAUAAGGUCAUCCCUGAUGCAAACACAUAUAAUAUUUUGUUUUUUGGGUGGUGUAGAGUGAGGGACCCAACAAGAGGAAUGGGGGUAUUGGAAGAAAUGAUCAAAAUGGGUUAUGCUCCAGACAAUUUUACGUAUAAUACUGCCAUUGAUGCGUUCUGCAAAGCUGGGAUGGUUUCAGAGGCAGCUGAACUAUUUGAUUUCAUGAAAACAAAAGGUUCAACUAUGUCUUCUCCCACUGCAAAGACUUAUACCAUCAUGAUUGUAGCUCUUGCUCAGUGUGAUAGAAUGGAGGAGUGCUUUAAACUUCUAGCAGAUAUGAUAAACAGUGGUUGCCUUCCUGAUGUUUCAACCUACAAGGAACUGAUUGAAGGGAUGUGUUUGGCUGGAAAGACUGAAGAAGCUUACAAGUUCCUGGAAGAGAUGGGAAACAAAGGUUACCCCACUGAUAUUGUAACAUAUAAUUGUUUCCUCAAAGUCCUUUGUGACCUUAGGAAGGACAAUGAAGCACUUAAGCUGUAUAGAAAGAUGAUUGAGGUGGGUUGUGUUCCUAGUGUUCAUACUUUCAACAUGCUGAUCAUAAUGUUCUUUGAGAUUGGUGAUCCAAAUGGGGCAUUUGAGACUUGGCAUGAGAUGGAUAAGAGGGGCUGUGCACGGGAUACUGAUACAUACUGUGUGAUGAUUGAAGGUUUGUUUGGUUGUGGUAAAACAGCGGAUGCAUGCUUUCUUUUGGAAGAUGUAGUGAACAAAGGGAUGAGAUUGCCUUAUCGGAAGUUUGAUUCCUUCCUGAUGCAGCUUUCAGCAAUUGGUGAUCUCCAAGCCAUCCACAGGCUUUCAGAGCAUAUGAGGAAGUUCUACAACCCUGCCAUGGCAAGGCGCUUUGCUUUGAGUCAGAAGCGGAAGAGUAUGAGUAUCCGUAGGUAGUACACUGAAAAAUCAGAUUGAAAUAUCAGACAUACCUCUUGGACAAAUCUAAAACCUCUCCCUCAUCCUGGCAUUGUGGGAACCUACUUUGGAGCCUAAUACAAGGAGUCCACUUGGGAACUCUUCUGGAAGUUUGGAACUCGAUAUCUUCUCAUCUCAGCCAAGUUCUGUAUCAUCAUCAUCAUCAUCAUUGUCAACAUCAUCCAUAGGCCUUGUCAACAUCAUCUCAGCUAAAUGAAUCUUGUUUUGCCAUUCCGUUUUGUUCAGUUCUUCUCAGCCAAGCUCUGUAGUCAGACAAAUAUGGGCGUAAUCAACUUAUUUGCAUUGAGACUGAGGAGAGGCAGUGGCUGCUAGCAGCAGAUAUUCUCAGGUGGAACCAUGGCUGGUUGUUCCUAUCUUGAAAUUUUUCAUAACCAGAUCAACUUCUCAGUAAGACAAAUGGUGAUUUAUAUUUGCAAUUAUCACUUCAAGAUGGAAUGAGCAACAAAUCUGCAGUUAUUUCAAGAGAGUUUAGCUGCUAAAUUUGAUAUAUGGUACCUUCUGAGAAAAAGGUGCUAAUUUAAUCUUGGAUCAUUCAUACAAUUCUGAUGCAAAGAUUCUUAAAUGUUCUAUCUUCAUUAAGCUUCCCGGCUCCGUAUGUUGCACCUUACCAAUAAAAAGGAUUGAGGUCAACUAUUCAAUUUGGUAAUUUUGUUUAAUGUAGUGAGGAUGGACAUUUAAGAAGAGAUAACCAUGUGUAGGGGUAGACUUCUGAAGUUGCAACUUCCUUUUCCAUUAUUCUAAGAAUUUUCUUCUUUUUACCUUGGUCCUAAAGCAACUAUUGAUAUGUCGAUGCAAGUGUCUUGCCAAAAUUCUAAGCUCUAUGAUUCUACAAGGCAUCAGACUAUCUGUUAUUUCUCUUACCCCUUAUUGUUCUUUCUAAUUUGAUGAUUAGAGUGUUCAUUCU